AUGGCGCCCUGGGGCCGUUUGUUGUGGGCAGUGGUUCUACGACUUGAGAACGUUCUCGUCAAUCAAAUCCUCCGAAGCCCAACCUUUCAUCGAGGCGUCCGCCGGGUGCAUCGCACCGUCGAAGAUAUUCGCUACGGCCGUGAUCCGAGCGAUCCGCUGCGACAGGGAGAGGCUACAGCUGAGCCGAACCGAUCCGGCAACUUCAUCAAGUACUUUAUCGAGGAGCUGCGGAACCAAGCCCGCGGGAAGCCAACAAACCCUCCUCCGGGACCGCCGAAGAAGUGA